AUGUCAGCCCAGUUACCGCCCGAGCUGCCCACAGGGUGGCUUUACAUUGAUCUGAAGUCUCUGCGGAGUCAGUGGGAGCCCCCAACUGAGCCACCACCAGGGCAUUUGGAUACGGCUCCAUCGUUUGACCCUUCCAACGGCGCGCCUCAGGUCCCCUCAGGCUGGACCCUUCAAUGGCACGAGUCGUACGGAGCAUGGUUCUUCACAAACUCACAGAAUGGCAAGUCUCAAUGGAAUUUUCCUCGGCAUGCUGCCAUUUCCGCCACGGACUAUAGUCCUGUCGACUACACUCACAAGCCCACCAGCUGGGGCCUUGACGAUCCUACCAGGACCGUAGUCGACAAUCUGUUCCUAGCUAGCCAACAACAGGGCAAACGACAGGUUCCUCAUUUAUACAUCGAUACCAACUAUGUCCAAGUCAGACAGCGCCCUGUGUCGCCGCAUUACACCUUUAUUCCACCAACUCGACCAAGAGCCAUUAGUGAUUGUCCGCCUCCUCUACCCGACAUCCCCAUGUCCAGCCUCACAGCCUCACACCCUGCGACUCUAAAUCCGUUCUCAAAGACCAACAACGGCUUCCUAGCUGCAUCAGAUGCGUCUCGCCGCCAUAACCGUCAUUCCUUUUGCGGAAGCGGGUUCGGCAGCGCUUAUCUUAAUGCCAGCCAAUUGGAGAUCCCUCCAACACCAGAGUCCAGUGGCUGCAGCCGUGCUUCGACAAUUGACGUCGGACAAAUUGUGUCUUUGAUCACAAUGUCGAUGGGCCAGGAGGAAGCGAGCAAGCGGAACGAGCACGACGUCGUCUCGCCUAUUCUUACAUCGCCGCCAGGCUCGAAACCUCCCACGCUGGACCCCUUUCCUCCCGGUCACCGGCCCUUAUCGGAGAUCAGACAGAUGCUUAGGACGGAAACAAUCGGGUACACCCAAGGAACGUGGCCAGUGGGUGCAGAAGACAGAGGUUACUACCCGACCCGCGUGAGUGAGGACGGGGAAGGUGGAUAUGUGAGCGACUCAAGUUACUCCACAGAGUAUGCAGAAGAUGAGGAUGAGGAGGAAGUCGAGAAGGAGCGCCCGCCUGAAGCUGGUUUUACACCCGUUAUAAUCAAAUCCGAAGGACCAGAGGCAUGGGAAUUGUCUUACUAA